AGCUGAAGUUAGAUGAACAGCAUUGACAGUGCAAACAAUUUAGUCUUAAAUCACACAUGGGUAAGUCAACUCCCAAAAAAUACUUAAUAAUGGUUUAAUAAUUAUUUUUAUCUAAUAUUGAAUCAGUUAUAUUUCAUUCUUGCCAAUCUGUAUUUUAUCUAAUGCUGAAUCAGCUAUAUUUAAUAUUUUGUCAAUUUUUAUUUCUACUGUAUUCAUGUUAACACAUUAAAUAACCACAAAAAAAACUGUCAAAUUAAUUCUGAAAAUAAAUUUGUAAAGUGUUUAAGUUGACUGAAUUAUUUCCUUUUUCUUGUUACAUCAACAUUUAAUUCUACAGUUUAGUCAACCAUUCUUAUCAGGGAUGGAAUUGAGUAGGACAGAAAAGAAAGAUGGGAAUAGUCAAAGAAAAAAUGGUAAAUUAUGCCUCAUUAGUAAUGUUAUGUGAGAGGUCUCACCUAUUAUAGUGUUGUAUAUCACCUUAGGAAACUGUUAAUAAAACUUAGGAUUUCUUUUUUUUUUGUUUAUGCAGUGAGGAGCCUGUAGUUAAUUGCUAAGUAAUCUCUACCCAUGCAACAGACUGCUUUUUACUAGUAAAAUAUUAGUGUCCUGACAUUUCAUAUAUAAGCUCUUUAGUAGACUGUUAGUACCUAAAUGGAUAUGGGAGAAAAAAAUCUUUUGAAAUAACCAUUGAUCACCUUUCAGUUCAUCAUAGCAUUGUAUUUGCACUCUGUUCAAAGAAAUGUAUUUAAAAAAUUUGAAACUUAUUUGGUCUAUGUGCUGUAAAACACAGGCAACUAUAAUAAUAUUAAUAUAUUAUGGUUCAAACAGCAUGCAAAUUUAUGCAGUCGUGUUAGUUUCUCAUCGGCCAAUACUCACAAAAUCUUGUCAUAGUCUGUUCAGUAAGAAGAGAUUUACAGAAAAAUAAUCUCUGCAAUUACCUGAAUGAAUCUGCCCUUUUACCCCAAUUUAUUUUCUAAAAUGUGUGCUUGUUCUCAGUUGGUAUAAAGGUUAAUUUCUAUUUUUUUUUAUUUUAAGUAUUAAAUUGACCCCACUUUACCAAUCAAACUGUGAGCUGCACUAGGACCAUAUGAUGGGAACCAAGCUGUUAUUCAAUCACAGGGGAAAUACUGCCAUUUAAAAACAAUGCUUAGGAAAAAAUAUAAACAAAAAAAUGUAUAUUUUAAUUAAAUCCAAUGCAUUUUCUUCUACUUUCAAAAUUAUUUAUAGCAAAUGCCUAUACCGGGUAUUGACUUCUUAAAACUUUGAGAUUAAUACCUUGAACUUUUCUCCCAGUAAAUCCACCUUUGUUCAAUGUUUGGUAAAAAAAAUAACACCUUGAGAUUUAAUUUAAAUAAAAUAGUUUUUAAAAAAAUAAGAUUGUAUUAACUUAAAAAAAAAGCUAUAGUUACUUCUGAAUAUAUAGAAGAUUAAUUAAAAAUCUAUAAAAAUAAGAUUUCAUGCAGCAUAGUUAGCUCGCUACCGAUACAUAAUUUUUUUUCAAUGGCUCUUAUUUUGAUGUGCUUCAAAACAUAGCAGAAUGUUUAACAUGGAAAUCUGUUGCAAGAGAAUUCGGCUAAACUCCCAGUGGUACAGGGAACAAAAUAGCAUAACAAAAGAUCGAUGGUGAUUUCAUAAUGGAUUUAGAUUAAAAUAAUAAAGCCUUAAAAUAUGAGCUACAUAUUUAUACAAAAUAGGAUGAGUUGAUUGCAAUGAAUUAAAUUUUUAUACACCUUGUGAUUCUUCAAAAAAUGUAUUUCUCAAGACUAAUUUUACUUACUUAUGGUAAAAGGUAUAAAAAAAUUACUAAGAGUCCUUAAAAUGUGAUUAAGCUUUUCCCCUGCGUUAUAAUGAAACUAUUUCUGUAUGAGCUCACCUGUGCAAUUUUGAUGAUUGUUUUUGCACUGGUACACCAGGAGGCUGUGACCGUCAUGUUCAGUAAAAGCUGUAUGAACAAUUUUCUAUUACUAUUCAUUGCACAAAUGAUAUUUGCCGAUUCCAUAAUGUCUAUAAGAUCGCUUAAUUUGCCAUAGAUGUAAUUAUAAAUCCUUAAGUGACAAUAAAAACUUUUCUGUAGUCUUUAUAAAAUUUAAUAAAUACUAAAUAUUUUAACUCUGAAAAUUAUAACAUUAAAAAUGAAAAUACAUUUUGUCUUUUUUAAUCUUUUUUAUCAAGUUAUAAAUGAAUUAAUCUUUAUUUGACGAACCUUCAUAACUUCUAUCUGUAAAUCUUCCGCCAGAGAGUGAGCACCAGCUAAAACAGUGAGGACCUGUGAAGGUAGCCAUUUGUCCUCAUCACUCGUCUCCAUGGAACUUCGAAAUCUUUCAUCUUUAAACAUGGUCUGAAAACAGAUAAUAGAUAUUAAUAGAUAUUAAAAAAGUAGAAAGCUUUCUUGAUUUUUAUAACACUUAUAUGACAAAUUCAUCCAGAUACAUCAAAUAAUUGAGAUGAAGUGUAAACAUUUUUAAUAACAAACACUAGAAAUGGCCCUAAGAAAUUACACCUCAAAAUAGUGGAAAGAGAAGUAAUAUCUGGAUAUUGGUAUGUAUGACAUUUUUUUGCAUUAUUUUUAUAUUAAAUGUUUUGGAGUUUAAUUUUAGAUGUACAAAUUAUAUUAUAAUAUUUAAUGAAAAAUUCUAAAGCUAACAGAGAUUUUUUUUUUAAUUUUAAAAAUGGGAAUCAAAACUGAGCUCAUGCCAGCGGCAGAAAAUAUUAUAUCAACAUACAACAAUGUCUUUUGAUAAGUUUAAUGAGUAAUUAAACUAUAUAUGGUACAUUGUUUUCCUGGCUCAAUAAAAUUAGAUCACUGUGUUGGAUAAUAUGGUACUUAAUAUGGAAUUUACUUUGCAAACAUUGGAAAUCAUAUUAUGAGUUUAGUAUCUUGCAAAUUUAUCUGAAGAAUUAAUAACUGAUUCCAAGUUAAUAAAGUCCUAACACUUUCUCAAAUAAUUUUAUCAAAGCCAUACUUCUUAUAAUUAUAAUCUAAAGCAACAUUUAUUCACACAGUACACAAUUUUUUUUUAUUUGUUACAUUUUAACUCUAAAGCACCAUGUACAAAUUAUUGUAUUUGGUUGCCAGAUAGAUGACCUUUGGGUGUCACAAAAAUAUGAAUAACUUUUAACCUGAAUUCCUGCAAGUGCUGUGUGACCUAAUUUUCUUGCUCUUGACUCUAGUGCUAGCUGUAGAGGUUGUAGACAUAUCUCUCUCAGUUCCCAUGCCUCAAUAACUUGAAUUUUGUCCUCAUCAGAUAGAAUUUCUAAAAUGAAAGGGUACAUGAAUUGAUGAGAAUUUUAUACAAUGAACAGUUUAUUUUAUUUGGUGCACCGUAAUUUAUAUUUAUUUCCUUUUUAAAUUAUAUUUAAAAGUUUUAAUCAAAAUAUAAUUAACGAGCCUUACCCAAAGCAACAUUAGCUGUAUGUUUUAUGCUUGCAAAUUUUGGUGUAAUAAUAUCUCUGGCCAACUGACGUAAAAUAUCUUCCAUUUUAGAACCAUAAGCCAUUUUUAGAAUAUGUUUUUAUAUUUAUAUGUCGUAACUCAUCAAGGAGAUGGAACACAAAAUUUGACCUGUACUUUUCUGUGUUUUGUGUAGUUCAGCAUUGGCUUAAUCUGUAACAGUAAGAACUUGGUGACAUUUUUUAUUUUUAUUAAUUUUACGUUUUUUUAAAGAAAAAAGCCAAUAUAAUGAUCUAUAAAUCUGCCUAAAAAAAAUCUUAAAAGUUAGAGUGUAAGGAAGAUGAAUUUCCAUAAGCACUAAUCACAAAUGGUCUAACGAAUAAGUAAGAUGUUUCCCCGUAGUACUUUGGUGACCCCUGGUUUAGAGAAACAUAGAGCAGGACCAACAUGGAGCACGACAAGACAGCAUAAAAACAUGUGAUGUCACUACAUAACAAACAAUGUGCAAAACAAUAUGUAAUCAACAUUUAGUAUUUUGUAAUUUUCCAACAUUCCUCAAAACACUAAAUAAAAUUAAUUCAUUGGUUUUACACAAAUCAUGUCAGUAUCUUGAAUCUUUACAGUCCCUUAGUAAGGAAUUCAGCUAUCAUUUCUUCUGUUCUACAAUAUUUGAGAGUCAGUUUUAUUUUCCACUUGUUCCCUGACAAAAUGGUAUUUUAUAUCCACAUGUUUUGCUUUACCAUGGAACUUUGGAUGAUUAGCCAAAGCGAUAGCUGAUUGAUUGUCCUCAAAUGUAACAGUGGCACCAUUUUGGUUACAUCCCAAAUCAGAUGCAAGUUGCCUCAGCCAAAGCACCUCCUGUGCUGCACUUGCUAGCGCCAUAUAUUCAGCUUCUGCUGUCGACAAUGCCACGCAUGAUUGUUUCUUACUUCUCCAACUUAUAGGUCUACUACUCAUAAGAAACACAUAGCCAGAUGUCGAUUUCGAUCAUCAAUGUCACCUGCCCAAUCCACAUCACAAAAGCCAACACAUUCAGUAGAUCCACGGUUGUGAUACACAAUUCCAUAAGUCGACGUACCCUUUAGGUAUCUUAGAAUUUGUUUUACCGCCAUUCAGUGUUGGUCUGAUGGAUGAGCACAAAAUUUUGCUUCAUUACCCACAGGGUAAGUAAUGUCAGGUCUGGUCCAAAUUGAUAGAUACAGUAGACUACCCACCGCUGAUUGGUAAAGUCCCUGGUCAAAAUAAUGACCGUCUUCUUUUCUCAACUUCACACCUGAAUCAGUUGGAGUCAAUACAGGUUUAGAAUCUAGCAUUCCAAAUAUCUCAAGAACUUUGCAUGUAUAACCUGUUUGUCCUAGCCAGAUACCAUCUUGCUUUUGAGAGAGCAUUACACCCAAAAAAGAUUUCAAUUCACCAAGAUCUUUUACGUCAAAUUUUGAUGACUUGGCCUUCUUGACACUUGCUAGAAUUCUUGUGUUCCUAGCUGCUAAUAAGAUGUCAUUGACAUAGACUGCAAUAAGGACCAUCUCUCUUUCUGUAGUUGUAUACCUACAUGGCUCACUUGAUGACUGGUUGAACCCAAGAUCUUUCAGACGACCGUCAAGGGCAGUGUUCCACCAUCGAGGAGACUGUUUUCUGGUAGUGUUCGUGCUGCAUCCAUGUACUGGCAUCUGUGCAAGGGUUGGGGGUAUGAUGUUGCUAUUCUAACAGCUCCUAGCUGAUGCCAGGGUAGCUUUGAAGCUUUCGACCAAUGCCGAGGUCACAGUGGCAUUGUCCAGGUGGUUCCAUGCUAUUAUUGUGCGUGAGAAGAAAGAUUGUUUAUACUGCACUGUGUUGCACUUUGAAGAAUUUGCUUUGUUUCGGGUGUAAUUGUUUAUGGGAUUUUCAGUGGUGAAGUCAGUGUUCAGUGAGUGUUUUGCUCUGAUCAGUCUACCCGGCUUCUGUGGGGUGAGGUACGUGCCUGCUGGGAUGGCCGGCACCAGUCCCUUGAUCACUUUAUAUAAGAAUAUCAGUUGGACUCCCUCUCGUCUGUCUUUAAGGGGGGGGGGAUGUCAAAUCUUUUUAAGAGGCCAGUGACGAAGACAGAAGUGGUGGAUUUGUAGUCUUGAGCGAUAAAAUGCACCGCGUUACGUUGAAUUCGCUCCAACUUGUCCAUGUCUUGCUUAAGGUGUGGGUCCCAGAUGAUCGCACCAUAUUCUAGUAGUGGACGGACGAGUGCGAGAUAGGCAUUUCGUUUGCAGGAAGUUGGGCACUGGCGCAGAUUUCUUCGGAUGAAACCUAGGGUGGAGUUGGCUUUUUUUUAAAUUUUGCUUAUAUGGGGUGACCAUUUUAGGUUAUUUGAGAAGAGAAUUCCAAGGUAUGGAUUAUUUGAUACUUGUUGGAGAAUUGUCUCGUUUUAGUCCAUAUACACUUUUCUUUAAUUUACAUGCAAGGUUUUCCUUUUCUUGUUCAACAAACCCUUCUGGUUGUUUCAUGAAUACCUUUUAUUCUAAAACUCCAUUUAGAAAGGCUGUCAUCACAUCCGUCUGAUGCAACCGUAGAUUGUAUUUUGCAGCCAUAGCAAUGACUAUUUUCAUCGCUUGAAUGAGAGUCUCUCUUAGCCUUAGUCUCAGUUUGAUGUGCAUUUUACUGUUUGUAAAUCGGUUUACUUGAUACUUACCUUUUUAUAUCAGGACAAUAUCUUUUAAUGUGUUUGUUUCUAUUACAAUGAUAACAUUGGGUUCCUUUCUUUGUUUUCUUCUCUUUUGACACAAGUGCUCUACUUGGUACUUCUUCACUUCGUUGAUAUAACUUUCUCUUCAUGAAGCAAUCGUUCAGUUACAAAUUUCAUCUUUGGAACUUCUGAGCAAGCCUCAAGAUCAGUCUCUCCUCUUAUUACAACUUCAUUUUUAGUUUGACAAUACCACGGUCAUGUGCUAUCAGAUUCAGUCCAUCUCCAAUUCCUAUAUUUAGAGGCUCUUCCAAGUUUGACAACUGGACAAAUUCAGAUUUCCUGCAACACAUGACUUGCUGCUCCUGAAUCAACAAUCCAAGUCAUGCCACCAUUGACUGUAGUUAAAGCAUUCCAACGCCUCAUUAACAGUUACCAACAUAUUGUAGGAGUUGGGAAGGCUAGCAAGUAGGUGAACCACUCUGUCUUGUUUUUCAACGGCAUCUCCUACCACAGCAAGCUCAUUGAAAAUCUCUAUUUGAGUUUUAAUGUGGUCAUGCACAGAAUCCCCAUCAUUCACUCUAAUUGUAAGUAAUCUGCUUCUCAGUGCCAGUCUGCUAGCCCAUGUCUUCUUUUGAAACUGAUCCCUUAGUUUUUCCAAGACAAUCUUAGGUUCAACUGGAUUGCCGAUUAAAUACAAUAGUGAAGUGUCCAACGCCAACCCAAUGAAAGCCAAAGCCCUAUCUCUUCUAAUAGUAAAUUUAGCAACCUUCUCAGAGUCUGCCUCAUCAGGUGCAACUUUAGACCCAGUAACAAUCCCCCAGAGUCCAUCCUUCAUCAAGGCCACCUGGCAUUGAAUUUUCCAGGUCAAAUAAUUUGCACCAACAAGAGGAAUGAUGCGUGUGUUCAUGUUUGUCAUUCUGGUAAUUCUAUGAACACCAAUCCCGAAUACAAACCACAAACAAAUCAAAUCAACAACCACUUAACACAGGAUAAAGCUACCUGGGCCCAUAACCUGUUGAAAAUAUCAAAUUGCUAAGUUACUUAACAAGGAAGGUAAUCAAAUAAGCAGAGGCAACCAUCAAGGUUAGUUCAACGUUUUGUUUGUUUAGAACAACAUGGAGCACGACCAACAUGAAGCACAACAAGACAGCAUAAAAACAUGACGUCAUUACACAACAAACAAUGUGGCAUGCAAAACAAUGUGUAAUCAACAUUUAGUAUUUUGUAAUUUUCCAACAGAGUGACCUAGGCCUAGAGGCAUACAAUAAAGUUGCUACAUUUGCCAUAAAAUUAAUGUACUGCCUGAAAUUACGUAAGGAAAGGGAGAUGACCAUUACGUAGUUGAAACAACACAUACUCAUACUCUCCCCAUUUUAGCAGACAUGUUUUUGCACUAAUUUUUUUGUUUACACAACCAAGGCAACUUUGUUGCUAUGACAAAGAUUGCGGCCAUGGGAAAAAAAUUACAAAAACACAGUAGAAUGGGCAGAAAUGUCAAGCAUACAAUUACCAAAGUAAUAAUUCAUUACCAGUUGCAGGUGUCUUAGACUUAGAUUUGUAGUAAAAGUAUUAAAGACUAAUACUAACUAAGUGAUGGUUACCCAAAGUCCUAAGUAACAACAGCAAAGAAAGCAAUUUGCACCAUGACAUCAUUUACGUGUUUAUUUAACUUCAUACGUUUAAGUUUAGGGUUUCGUUUAGGUUUAGACUUAUUAGUUUAGGGAUAGGUUGAAUAGUUUAGGGUUAGGUUUAACGGUUUAAAGUUAGGGAUAGUUUUAAGUUUAAGGUUCAGUGUUAGGUUUAUUAUUAGGCUUAGGGAUAGGUUUAUUAUUUAGAUUGACCUUUCGAUACUUUCAUGGGUCGUGACAACAAAGAUAGUGGCUGUGGUGGGGAUUGUCUAAAUUUACCACAACAGUGACAACAGCUAUACUAUUGGCAAAGCUAUUGUGGUUAUAUAUAUUAUUAAGUUAAUUAAAUUAAGUCUAAGUACUCUAAGUUUGUCUAAGUAAGUCUUGUUGAAGUUGUUGCAUACUACAUAAUAGGCCUAAUAAUACUCAUACUGAACUGAGAUACUUUACUACUACAUUUCAUAAUGAUAUUUCAUACGUUUCUCAGUCACUGAGUUGAUCAGUCAACGAGACUGACUGAUGUUCAUUUGCAUGACUUGGCCUAUGCCUAUUGAAUUCAAGAGCGAGGUAGCGAUUCGGGAAAUAAUUUUAGCUUAAGCACAGAACUGAAUGGGGAUAUUAAAUGAAAUAAUAGUAAUGUAAUUGCCUAAAGUUAAAAGAUGUUUCCAUUAUGUUGAAGGGGGUAAUCCUUUUUACCGACAUCGGGAGAUAAAUCGAGAUCCAUCCCAGAUAGCUAUUUUUUUAAUUUAAAAAGGUAGUUAAGUUUCCAUUUGUUAACUUUAGUUUUAGCCAUUAUAUCAUUAAAAACAUUAAAAAUAGUGGGGACUGAAUUUUAUUCUGGCGUCGACACCCUGUCAUGUAGUUGAUGGCUCGGAUUAGCUUAUUUAUUGAGCAAGAUAUCAUAAUCAUAUUAAUUAGUAUUAUGUCAUUAUGAUUAUGUACUAUAAUGUACCUGAGGCCGAAGCGCACACAGAACAUAUGACACCCAUGGCGGCCACGGCAAGAAACGAAAUUUCGCCCCUGCCCAAUUAAGCUUGAGAAAAAUAUUAUUUUUGUAUAACUAUGAUUUAAAUAACAAAAUUAAAAACAGAGUAGGCUUACAAUACAUAACUUCAAAUAUAUACACAAUAGACCCUUGACGAGACCACAAAUGGGGUCAUGGGAAGGUUUCUCUUUUUUAAUCUGUCGUUAAUUAUUAUUUUUUUAAUUUUAAUUUCAUGAUACUGCAUCUACUUCUGAUGCGUUUACCACAAAUGUAUUUUCUAAGCAGUUGUAAUCGGAGUCUUGCAUUUGUUAACCUUGGGAUUGUGAAAGGCAAGCCACCUCAGGCGACAAUUUUGUGUUUUAUAUUUAUAUAGCAUAUAAAUAUAAAAGCUGGGAGUAUUUGUAUUGGGGGAGGGGGCUUACUUUUGAGAGCUGGCCUCAAGUGGCAUCUAGUCAAGUAAGCCACUUGCCCCUGGAGUAGUGGGUCACUUUUAUAAAAUGGUAAGGAACCUGUGAUAAAGCUAGGCUACUUUACGAGUAGUAUGAUAUUUGAAUACAACAUAUACUACAUCAGUAUUAAUUAUUACCUGCUGCAUUGUUUCGUUCUACGAUGGACCCCCCAUAAAUGCCCAUAUUAUUUCAAAUUACUUGUCAUACAUUGCCAUAUUAUAUAAAGCAGAAGUCUUAGUAGUAUAGUGGUAUAUAAAGGCAACAAAUAAGCAGAUUGUUGUGAAGCGUUUCAUUUUAUUUGUACCGUUAAAGCAACAACAAAAACAAAAAAACAAUUUUAAAGAUGAAAUAUUUAUUUUUAAACUUAUGAAAAUUCUCUUUCAGACUUGAACACUUAUUAACGAAUUCUGCCCCCAACGGCACGGCUAUCCACCCCUUAUAUAUAUAUAUAUAUUUAUUUAUUUAUUUAAAUGGCGAUGUUUUUCUACACAUUUUCUUCUUUUUUCUUCUAGACUUAUUUUAAAUUCAUCUUCUAUACUGAGGCAUAUCAAUAGUUUUAUAGAAGGAAUACGGCUGCCAUUUCAAUAUUUUUGCCCAAUUCCGCAAUUCCAAAUUAAUUACAAUAAAUAUAAUAAAUUCUGAUCUCGGUAAAUUUUUACCACAAUAAUAAGACGAAUCUAUAGCCCCAAAUUCGAUUAACUUCAUAAUAAUACUACCUCUACUGAAUUAGAUCUAAUAAAAACAAAACAAUUAGGCGUAACUACAAAUAAAUAGUACUUUGCCCCCGAAAAAACAUAAUUAACAUAUGGUAACUUUUCUCAUGACUGACUUAACUGACUAAGAUCUUAAUCAUCCAUCACUACUAAAGAAAGUAACUAAUGAUUAUGAUUAAUUAAUUUAUUAUAAAUAAUUAAUUCUAUUCAUCAUACUACUCAUACUCGUAGUCAUAGUCAUAGUCAUAGUUAUGCAUGUAUAAUUUUGUAUAAUUAAUAAUAAUAAUAAUAUUAUAUGGUUUAAUAAUUUCUUUGACUUUGUCCAUUUGUUUAAAAAUUAAAUAAUGAUUCAAAAUUGAUUUUAAUUCUUAUUUGAUGUGUUGUAGUAGGCCUAAGUCCUGACUAAUUUAAUAAUUAAUGUAAAUUCUAAAUUCCUUUGCCUUUACUUUAACUAUUAUUAUUAUUAUAACUCUAUAAUAAUAAUUGUAAAUAACAUUAACAUUAAAUAACAAUAGCUAUUUACUAUAGUUAUUUGAGGAUAAGCGGAUAAGUAUAGCUGGGGCUCUUAACCUUUUCAGAGGAGCACAACACCCAUAUUAUUUAAUACUUAGGUUUAGGACCUAGCCUUAAUGAACUUAGUGCUGUACAAUAAUGAGUAGGGCCAAUAAGCCUUUUGAGGCUAUUAUUAUCAUUAAAGGCAUCUCCUAUAACAAUCACAGGUAUAGUAGAAGUAGUAGAUCCAUAUUUUUUGCAUUUUCCUCUUUUUUUUUUUCCACUUGAAAUGUAUUUAUUUGAUAGAUUUCAGCGUCCAAUAUAAAGUUAUGGAUGUAUGUGAAAGUAAGGAAAAAAUUGCUAUUGUAGGAAGGUAAGCAAGUUUUUGCAUUUUUAAAGUUUAUUUGAGCAAUUUGAAAACAAAAGAAUCCAACAAUGAUUAUGAUUGUUCUUAUCUUUAAUCAUUUUGUUUCACCCCCCUCAACGUGUUUUUUAAAAUAUGUGCUGUAGGUUUCACAAAAAACAUAUAUGAUUUUGCAGGAUUAAUUUAUUAAUGACUGUUAGUUCCCAUUUAAAAAUUGCAAACUUUUGUGUUAAAAUAUUAUUUUUUAAAAAUGUAUCAUCUACUGUAAUGUUGUUUUUUUUACUUUACAGUGGCUUGAUUGGUCAAUUCUGGGCUAUGAUAUUUUCCAGUGGUGGUCACAAGGUCACAAUAUAUGACAUUUAUCCAGAGCAGGUGGGAUACUGUUGCUAUUGAAUGUUUUUCAUAUUUUUUAUAUAUAUAAAUAUAUUUAUUAAAUCCAUACCUUCUUGUCAAGAUAGAUAAUUGUUUCUCAUACUGAUGUCUAACCAAAAAAAACCCCCAUUAACUUUGCUUUACAAGCCUUAUAUUAUACAGCCAAAAAAAAUUACAAAUCUUCUUCCUUUAAAGGUUUCCAAAGCACUCCAGAAUAUUGCAGCAAAUCUUGCACUUUAUGAAAAACAAGGCUGCCUUCGUGGCCAGAUAAAUGCCGAACAACAGACCUGUCUGAUUUCUGGAAGCAAUGACUUACAAGAGUGUUUGAAGGGGGCAGUAUAUGUGCAGGUUUGCUUAAAAAUCCUCAACUUUAUUUUUAACUCUGGACCAUCUUCUCCAAUCUUAAACUUAAAUGGAUAUGGUAAAGUUAAGUCUUUUUCUUUGCCUUUUUCAACUCCCAUUAACAAAAUCUUUUGAUGCCUUCCGGUCUUUAUCAAUCUUCUCCAACUCUUUCCAAUUUCAAUUUUAUUCUUGUCUACCUUUCUACACUAGGUUUCCCCAUCCACUUGAUAUUUGAGUGUUCCAAACCAGAGCUUGCCUAGUUAUAUUUGGCAUAAGGUUUUUAAUCUUACAUAACCUAUCCAGCUCCAUCUUCCUUUUCCUAAUUUUUAUGCUCCCCUGAGAUAUAUGCUGUCAUCUUCCUCACUGCUGAAUUUAGGGAUUCUGUGGACCCUCUUGAUGUUAAGGAUCUAUACAGGCAACUCGUAAGUUUCCAAGUUUUUUCCAAAGUUAAAUGGGAAAAAACUUCAAACUUUAAAGUUGACUGCUUGAGUGAAAAAACACCAAGGAAUGUGUCUUCUUUAUCUGAUGCCUUGUUACCCCGUCUGGGGCAUAGGCUAUCCAUAAAAAUCCUCCAUUCAUCACAGUCCUGUGCUUUCAUGUCUGCCUCUAGCUCAUGUCUCCAUGUAUUCUUUGGCCUUCCUCUCUUUCUUUUUCCCUGGAAUCCUCAGGGAAAAAGAAAAGAAAUGUGUAGUAAAAUAUUUAGAAGUGUGAUGUACAGGGCCACUUUAGAGUAUACAUGAUACUUCUGAAAAAACACUGUAUUACCUAGUGGGCCUAUAUUAUAACAAUGAUAUUAUUUUUUUUUUAAAUCCUUAGGAGUGUGUACCCGAAUCUGCAGAUCUGAAAAGAAAAGUGUUUGAACAGAUGGACCCUUUCAUCACAAGUGAGAUGGUAGUGGCUACCUCAAGCAGUUGUAUUGGAGUCUCACAAUUUGUUGGGGGCAUGGCUAAUAAGCAUCGCACUUUAGUAGCACAUCCAGUAGGUUGAAAAUAGAAAUCACCAUUUUUGUUUUUGGAGUAAUAAAUUUAUCAAUUAAGUAUUCCACCUAUGUUAUUCCAAUUGUAACUUCUUUGUCCUGGGUUAUAUUCCAAUAGAUACUUUAACAUUUAUAUUUUUGUUGUGUUACAUUUUUUUAGGUAAACCCACCCUACUUUGUUCCAUUGGUUGAAAUAGUGCCUGGUCCUUGGACCCUGCCAGAGGUGACAGCAAAGACACGGGCCUUGCUUGAGGCUGUUGGACAGUCACCUGUUACUCUUAGCAAGGAAGUUCCUGGAUUUGCCCUGAACAGGAUUCAGUAUUCCAUCAUUAAUGAGUGUUGGAAUAUGUACAAAGUAAGUGCUGGCCAUUUAUAAUAAUAAUUUUUAUAGAUGAUAUAGUUACUGUAAAUACAAUAUUGGGCUAGCAAUGUUCAAAUCCACACCAAAAAAAAAAAAAAAAAAAAAAUUUCUAACAAACAAAACUAAAAAAAAAAAAAAAAAAAAAAAAAAAAUAUAGAUGAUAUAGUUACUGUAAAUACAAUAUUGGGCUAGCAAUGUUCAAAUCCACACCAAAAAAAAAAAAAAAAUUUCUAACCAUCUAUGCUUAACUAUGAUUAACUGAUAACAAACAAUGCAAAUACGGGAAUUAUUUUGGUCUCUGCUUCUUUCAUUUUCAGAUUUAAAAUAGUUCUCGCACGUUGUUGCAGAGUAGGGAAUUAAAUUAAGAUGAAUACACAAUAAACAAGAGGUUCUCAACACAUUUAAUAGCUAUAAAUUUGAAAUGCAUGCAAUUGAUGGGAAUGGGGACAUGUAUCAAUGAUGAAAAGAAUAUUGUUUCAUUCAUACUUAAUAAUACUGUUUGAUUAUCUUUGUAUCUAAUAUGGUUUAUAUCACAAUAUAUUAGCUUUGUAUUUUGUUUUUAUAGGAUGGACUUCUCAGUGCUGCAGACAUUGACAAAGUGAUGGUUGAUGGCCUGGGACCAAGAUAUGCUUUUAUUGGUCCUUUAGAAACAAUGCAUCUAAAUGCUGAUGGUCAGUUUUGAAACUUUUCAUUUGAAUUAUAUCUACUUCCGUUGGUCGGAUGUAAUACAACGCUCCUGACAUUUAAUUUUUUUUAAAUUAAUUUUUUUUUUUUUUUCAAUAUUAAUAAUAUUAUAUAUUGUAAAUAUUUCUUUGAACUGAAAUUAAUAUACUUCCUAAUAUAGUUUUCAUAUUAAUCAUACACAUUAAGGAGUGAAAUUUUUAUUAUACUAAUUAGAAAGAUGACUCUAAUAUCAAUAUGGAAAAGCUCAUCAUUUUUGUCUAAUGAUUGUUGUUAUUAAAUUUAAUUUUAGGUAUUGUAGAUUACUGUAAACGUUAUGCACAAGGUGCGUACAGUGUGUGCUCAACAUUCACUCCACCACCAAUCAUGUACGAUGUUCCCACUGCUGAGAGAGUGCUAGAAGAAAUGCAAGCCACGAUCCCAUUAGAGAAAGUUGCAGACAGACGCAAGUGGCGUGACCAACGGCUGGCUGCUCUGGCUGCUCUCAAGACUCAGCUCAAGGAAAAGUUAGACUGAAUUAGAUCACAGUGGUUCUUAACCUCUGUCGGCAACACUUUUCUUGGGGGUCUAAAAAAUGUAUUGACAUAAACCACGAUACCAGAAAACAAGGAAGUCAUGGUAAAGUUAACAGACAUUGUUGUCAAAUAACCAGUAUUAUAACAAAAAAUUGUAAUUAUUACAUUGUUAUGCUUUUAUAAUAGUUUAUUUUAAUGAUUUAUUUCAAUGUGCUUUAUAUUAUGCAUUUAGUUUCUGUACUAAUAAUUUUUUGAAGAUUCAGAGAUUAAAUGAAAUAAUUUUUCAAAAUUAAAUACCGUCCCCAUAGUUUUAUGUGUUCCAAAUUUUUAGUAUAAAAGCACCUGUUCCAUUGGUCAAAGUAUGUUAGUGAACCCUUUACAUUGGUGGGACAUUUGUUUAAAAGUCUGUUAAUGUUUAAAUCACCAUCACUUUGUAAUGCAUAUAUUUUUUGAUUGAUAGAAUUUAUCUAAAAUAAAAAGAAAACAUUAAUACUUUGUUCUGGUUAAUUAUAUCCUGUUAUGACUGUGAUCUCAAGAUAGACCCUAGAUGUCUGUUCCACUGACAUCUUCCCAUUGACGCCUUCGCCUAUACAUCUUCCCCAUAGACAUCUUCCCCUUUGACAUCUCCCAUUGACACUUUCGCCUAUACAUCUUCCCCUUAGCCACCUCCCCAUACAUCUGCC